GUCCUGGGCCCAAGCCCACUCAAGGAAGCCCAAACCCUAUAUAAGGAGGCCUAACCCUCCAAACUAAAGAUCCUCUCUUUUCCCUUCCUCACUUUCCCCUAAGGUCUCUCUCUCUACUUUAUCUCUCUACAUACCAUACACUCUCCUAUAUCGUACUAACUUGGGCGUUGGAGCGUAUCUCGGGGGCCGCCCCCCGCCUCACAGGUUCUUCCCCUCUCGAGGAGAUCAGACGAAGGAGUCCAGAUCGGAGCCUCACAACCGCCUAGAACAUUCUAGGCACAAACACAACAUAACCACCAUUAUUACUACGUGAAUGAACAUCAAUAUGGUGCGAAUAAAUAUAAAUUUACCACACAAAAUGAGUAAAUAAUAAAUUAGGCGUUGGGCUCUUUAGGUGCCACCAAACGAGUGGUCUUAAAGGCCCUCUUAGACUAUCUCCAACCCAAGCAUGCAAAUUUGGAGAAAGGGAGGUUUUUGGCUUUUUUCAUCUCCAACCCACCAAUUAUUUGGCUUGCAAAUUUGGAGAAGUGGGCUUGGGGGUGGAUAGAUAGAAGCUCAUAUGGAGAUAUGCAAGGAGAAGGUGGGGGACCAACCAUGGAACACAAGCCCACACGCUGGACCCCUCCACUUUCCAACAUCUUUUUUUUUUUUUUUUUUAACUUUCUUAAUUUUUGAUUGGUUGGUUAUGAGUUGGGAAGGCAAAUUUAGAAGGUUUAUGGUUGGAGCAAAAAGGUGUUUUGGGGAGGCAAAUAUGCACAUUUGAGAGCUUGGGAGGCUAAAUAUAGCUUUUUGGGUUGGAGUUAGUCUUAGGUUCCUCAUUGAAUCUAGAUCAGUCAGUCAAUGGCUGGCUGUUCACUAUUCAAAUUUCAAAGUUUCUGACAAUGGCGUCCCAUGAUCUCCACAAGAGUCCAGAUAAAUUACAUCACCAUAGACAGAGUAAAAUCAGCCUUUAAAUGAACUCCCGAAAUCCUCUGUAUUACAGCACCCAAAAAAAGAAACACCCAUGGCAGAGGAGGUAAAGAAAAGGGCACACUUCGUGCUGGUCCACGGUGCCUGCCAUGGAGCUUGGUCCUGGUUCAAGCUCAAGCCUCUGCUGGAAUCCGCCGGCCACCGCGUCACCGCCCUCGACAUGGCGGCUUCAGGGAUCAACGGCAAGGCAAUCGGACAAGUCCCCACUUUCCGUGACUACACGCAGCCCCUGCUUGACGCUCUGUCCCUUGUCGACGAGAAGGUAAUUGUCGUUGGGCACAGCUUGGGCGGCCUGAAUUGCGCCCUGGCAAUGGAGAUUUUCCCUGAAAAGAUUGCCGCCGCAGUUUUCUUGUCGGCUUUCAUGCCCGACACGCUCCAUCCCCCGUCGUUCGUCAUCGAUCAGUGUUUUGCAAGAGCUCCACUAGGGGCGUGGCUGGACACUGAAUUCGCACCAACAAACAGCAGCUCGCAAUCCGAUUUCCUGACCAUUCUGUUUGGCCCUGAAUUCCUCUGUUCCAGGCUCUACAACCUCUGUUCCAAAGAGGAUAUGGAGCUGGCGAAGGCACUGGCGAGGCCGAGCUCCCUCUUCCUGCACGAUCUCAGAAAAACAGAGAAGUUUACAGAGGAAGGAUAUGGUUCAGUGAGCAGAGUCUAUGUGAUUUGCAAUGAGGAUCGAGGGAUGGAAGAGGAGUUCCAGCGAUGGAUGAUUGAGAAUUACGUUGUGGAAGAAGUGAUGGAGAUUAAAGAAUCGGAUCAUAUGGCUAUGCUCUCUGUACCCAGAAAGCUCUUCGAUUGUCUCUGUAAGAUAGCAGAGAAUUACUCUUGAUCGGUAGUAUGAGUGAAAAUGCACAGAGAAAAAUAAGACACCUUUAUUAUUAUUUCAGUUACCACAAUAGAAAGUGUCGUUUGCUUUUAGCAAAUUACCCAAUAAGAAAUGAAUUUCCAAAUGAAUUCCGCAAGAAUUUACUAAUUAUAACAAAUUUAUAUAGUUAUCCUCAUUUAUUAGCUAAACUAAUUCUACAUGUAUUAUUUGACGCCGGUUCAUACAGUAUGAGGAACGUCGGCAAAAAUUUGAUUGCAGCGCUAGUAGCAUAUUAUGGUUAUUUGAUAUUUAUGCUUUGAUUAUAUCAAUAUGUUGGAAGCCACAACUAGAGUGUAGGGUUCAUUGACAAAAUAUCGAAAGAACUAAUGAAUAGAAUAGAAAACACACAAUAACACUUUGAUAUUCUACGUAUGGGACCAAAAGUAUUUUUUAGAAGAUGGAUUUUCAAUGAAUAUUUUUUCUAGCGAAAAUUAAUAAGGGCGUAGUUGGAAACUUUUAGUUCAAUUCAAUUACAAACAUACGCCAAACAUGGUUUGGGAAUUCAAAUCAUUUUAUUUCUUAAGAUUUGAAUAUGACAUACCAAACACAAGAAUUCAUUUGACAAUGAAUUCUAUACGGUAAUUCAUUUUAAAAUGAAAUGAAUUCUAGAUUCAUUUGGUACCAAACGGUAUGUAAAUGAUAUUCUGGGAGUGAUUGAUAAAAUUGUGCAAAUCAAUUAAAUGGUAAUUGGUUAGGUUGAUGAUAUUGGGUAAAAUAAUUAUAGCACGUUUAACAAUUAUUUUUUAUAUUUUAUAACUGAUGAAUCUUUUAUACAUAUUAAACCAAAACAAUGUAUAAAAUUCCGUAUCUACACAUAAUAUAAUACACCGAAGGAAAAAACGGGUGCCCCAUUUCAAAUUUCCUGCAACGAGAGUGAAAGUAGGAAGGACAUUUUGGUCUUCACAAUUACUUUUUUUUAUUCAUUAAAAAGACACAUACUGGGAUUUGAACCAUGUCCAUUUUAAAGAAAUAAUACACCGAAGGAAAAAACGGGUGCCCCAUUUCAAAUUUCCUGCAACGAGAGUGAAAGUAGGAAGGACAUUUUGGUCUUCACAAUUACUUUUUUUUAUUCAUUAAAAAGACACAUACUGGGAUUUGAACCAUGUCCAUUUUAAAGAAAAGCAAGGAACAUAACCAAUCACACUAAGUACAUUUGUUGUAUCUUUUUAAAUCAAAAACAUAUAAUAGCAGGGAGGAAAAACCCCUUCCCCCAUUUCAAAUUCCCUGCUCCAUGAGCGUUUGUAGGAAGGGUAGAAUAGGUAGUGUUAAUUUUUUUCUCUUUCUUCUAUGGAACGGGCCAACUUACCGUACACAUGCGGAUUUAAACGGGUUCAGGAGUGUCAAUUUUUUUCUUUAAGCCCUUGUAUUUCUCCGUGGUGAUAAAAUAUAUAUGAAAAAGCAAAAACAAUACUUCUUUUUAUACUAAAAAUAAAAAAAUUUAACAAUAAACUAAUACAUGGUAUCUAAUGGGCUAACCGCUAACCAUAAAAUAAAAGAGUAGAAUGGGCCUGACCUACAUCAGAUUUGGCCAUCAAGUAAAACAAAUGAACAUCAUUGGUUUGACAUUCUAAAACAAGCUAUUUUCUCUAGCAUAAUAUAUAUUAUUAUAUUAUUUUAUAUCUUAGUGGCUAAAAUAUAAUGUAGUUUAAAGUUAUUCAAUGGUUCAACCUCGACCAACCCAAUUAGUCCAAUUUUUAUCAUUUCAAAUAUAUAUUAUAUAAUUAUUUGAUAUCAUAAUGAUAAAAUUAUAGUGUAUUUUAUAGGAAAUCGCUUGGUAUUUGUUAGUAAAAAACUAAACAGAAAGAUCUAUUUGGUUAUUUUAAACAUUAAAAUGAUCCUAAACAU